GCGACAUGUUUGGUUUUUCUCCUCCUCCUCAGUCCGCCUUGUUUCCCUCCGUAUCUGCUCAACUGUCAGUGCUCGGACGUUGCGUUAAGGUGUAAAUUCGAAUCCCGCUCUUGGGGAAAUUUAAGGACAGUCGUCCGACAUUCAGGUCUUCAGGGGACAGUAACGAACAUCUAAAGAGAGUCGCCAGACAUUUUAUCGCCUGUGUGCAGUUGCUUUGAAACUAAAGUAAAAUGGAUCCAAUGACUCAAUCCGCCCAGAUAUCGUCGUCGCAAGGUUUAGCCGAUGGACAAAAUUCGGCUGCCAAAGAAUCCAAGCUAUCCGAUUCCUUUCUUUCCUCUUCGCCCGUAUCUCUCAUUCAGUCUCCUCAAGACAAAAGAGUGAUCCUGGGCUCCGACAAGCCCCGUGAAGGUGUUGCGACAUCCCUCCGCUUUCCUUCUCAAUCUGGCUCAUUCACCCCUGGUAAUUACGGGAGUGAUGCAGGGCCACCAGAUGGACAACCCGACUCGCCGAUUAAGACAUCUCCUGUGUCCGAGCGAAUAAAGGCACUUGAAGCUCUUGCUGCCAAAAAAAAGGAACCUGAUUUUAGAAGUGAUGGAGGUUUCUCUCACUUCAGAGACCGCCACCAUGAAAAAUCUCCCAUUGACACCCCCAAAUCUCCCAUUGACACCCCCAAAACCCCCAUUGACGCCCCUGAAUCUCCCAUUGACACCCCCGAAUCUCCCAAUGCCCCAGAAGAUCCCAUUGACACCCACAAAUCUCUCACUGACAUGCCCAAAUAUUCCAAUGACGCCCCCAAAUAUCUCACAGAGAAAAUCACUCCAAAUGUCCAAAAAAGUGAAGAUUCAUCUGAUCAAGAGUCACCAGAAUCUCCCUUUGAAGUACUGGGAGAUUUAAGACAAGUAAAUGAAUUUGAAGAAACCGAAGAGUGGAUGAAGGCUCACUUACCUCCUGUGCCAGACUUUGAUGCUGUAGAUUCAGUAACAGUAACAACUGCUGACAAUGUUGCGUUAAAGGAUGCUGACCUAGUUCUACCUGAUGCUCCUGCUGCCUUUGCUGGUGUCCCCACUGCUUUCAUGGAUUCUCCUGCUGAGGCUCCAAAACUGAAGGAUGAGUUCAGUGUUGCACAGAAGCAGUCAAGUGUUGAGGAAGAGUCUGGCUUUGAUCUAAGCUUUUUACCAACAGCCUAUAUGUCUGAUCAGCAGGAAAAAACGGGUGCCCUGACUACAACAAAUCUUGUUUCAGUGAUUCCCGCUGCGUCUGCUACUCUUUCAGGCUGUGACUCCUCAUCUCUUCUUGUUGGUCCAUCAGUUGGCACAGAUGUUGAACAUAAUGUCUCUGACAAGAAGACCACGUGGACUGUGGACUUGGAACCCCCAGAGGCAAGCGAAGCUGACAGCUCAGGAGAAUCUGAUGACACAGUCAUUGAAGAUGGUGUAACUGUUCCUCCAUCUGUUCUUCCUGCAUCUUCAACUGAUCCUAACCCUCCUUCUGAAAAUCCCAAUCAUAUCACUGAGGAAAAUAAGUCCCCUCCACCAAAGUCUGAGAGGAAGCUGAUGCAGGUUCCUACAAUAAAUGUUAUUGAGACAGAUGAGCCAAAUUACAGUGACAAGGAGAUGGAAAUGGAAAUUGAAGAUGAUGAUUACGAGGCUGAAAAAGAUAUUGCUAGAGAAUCUCCAAAAACCCUAGAGCAAGGUGACAGUAAAAAUGAACUACCCAAAGUACGGCCCUUAGAAACCGAAUUUAUGGAAGGCUACUCUCCUCCAUCCUCACCUGUGCACUCAGAUGAUGAAUACUCUCCUAAACACAACAUCCUCAAAUCUAUUCCUGAAACUGUACAUCAGGAAUCUGCAUCAGCACUUGAGGCACAAUUUGAAAAACCCUGCACCACAUUCAGUACAGUAAAGGAUGAACCUUCCCCUUUCAUAGUCAUACAUGAAGACGUGAAAUUCCCAGACAAUGAUGAAGACUGGUCUGAUGAAGCACAAGAUAUCCUGGUCAAACCUUGUGUGACUCCUCAUUCUCAGCCCAAGGUGGAUGAAAGGAGCAACACGGUUGCAAAAGAUGCUUACAUGGAGACUACUCCCCAAUCUAAAAGCAGCUUCAUGCAAGAUGAUAUUUAUGACCGACAGUCGUUUGAUUACGAGUAUGAUGGAUCCUCUAUCUUGGAUGACAUUGAUGACAGAGGGUUAAACAAUGCUAGGCAGCGGUUUCUUUCGGAUCCUAUUCAAAUUGAACCACUGAAUUCGUGCACUCAAAAUCUGGAGGACUUCCCUGCAGUGAGUGAAGAAGCCCUCCCCGAGCCAAUUGGUGAACCAUCUCUAGGAGAAUAUCCCCAAGAUCCAUAUUCCUCUAUCCAAGGUGAAAAACAAAGCAGCAUCAACGAGCAAGAUUUAAUUAAAAAAAUGACCACUGAUGUUGUUACAGAUAACAUGGCAAAUUGCUGCUCCCUCCCAGAACAGAGCGCUGCAUCAAAGAUCCAGCAGGACACCAAAGCAGGUCACCAUGCACCUGAUUCAACAAACAACACAGAAAUCAUUGCCCCCGGCAGUUCAAUGUUUGAGCCUACAGAUAGCUUUGUGGAGUUCAUGCGAGAGUGUCUGAAAUCAAGGCAGGAUGAGGAGCCCGAUGACACUGUCCAAGCGGUCUUUUCCAAUAAAAAGGUGUGCAAAACCGUUAUGCCUUCUUCCCAGUCCCCUCCAACCAUGGUGAUGGAUCUUGAACAAGAACAGCUGACUAUCAACGCGCUCAAAGAGUUGGGCAGCAGUUACGAAGAGGAGGAGGAGGUGGAGGUGGAGGUGGAGCCUCUCCAGUCGAGGGUUUGUGACCAGAGUACAGGCAGCCCCAGCCCGACAUCUACACAGCAGUCUUCCUUUGCCGCACCUCCCAAUCCUCCAUGUUCUCAAGGCAGCCGUGUGUUAGACCGCACAUAUUCCAAAGAGGUAGAAGCCAUCGACGAGUGGGUUGCUGAAGCCUAUCAUCUUGCUGAGCAUGUCUUGACCGCAAUACUAACCCACUUAUCAGUAAAGGAUCUGAUCCACUGGCGGGACCCUAAGAAGUCAGGCGUGGUGUUCGGGCUGUCCCUGCUGCUGCUGCUGUCGCUGGCAGCCUUCAGCUUCAUCAGCGUGGCCUCCUACCUCCUGCUGGCCCUGCUCUGUGUCACCAUCACCUUCCGCAUCUACAAGUCUGUCGUCCAGGCCGUGCAGAAGUCCAGCGAUGGACACCCCUUCAAAACCUUGAUAGAAAAGGAUGUCAGCAUCCCCCCGGAGACUUUCCGCAAGCACGUGGACUCCAGUCUGACCCACAUCAACCGAGCCCUGAAGCAGAUGAGCCGCCUCUUCCUGGUCGAGGACCUCGUGGACUCCCUGAAGCUGGCUGUGGUCAUGUGGCUGUUCACCUACGUAGGAGCUGUCUUCAAUGGAAUCACCAUCCUCAUCCUGGCUGACAUCCUCCUCUUCGCCGUGCCUCCCGUCUACGAGAAGAACAAGACCCAGAUUGAUCAGUACAUUGACGUGAUACGCACCCAGAUCAACACCACAAUGGCCAAGUAAGUGAAUCAGGUGGUCAGUGAUGAGUGUGUUCUUGACGUAGCUUUCAUCCACCCAUUCAGUUUCACA